AUGGAUGCGCUAACCAAACUGUUCUCGUUGACCGGCAAGACGGCCGUGGUCACAGGUGGCACAAGAGGCAUUGGUGCUGUGAUGGCGCUGGCGCUGGCAGAAGCAGGAGCAGAUAUCAUUCUGGUACAGAGAGACGAGAGCAAUAAGAAAACCUACAACCAGAUCCAGGAACUCGGCCGCAAGGCCACCAUUGUCACAGCGGAUCUAGCAGACCAGUCGUCCGUGGACAAGCUGAUUCCCGGGCUGGUCAAGGCCGGCCACAACAUGCACAUCCUCCUGACAUGCGCCGGCAUCCAGAAGCGCCACCCAGCACACCAGUUCCCGUUGGACGAUUGGAACUCGGUAUUACAAGUCAACCUGACCACCGUCUUCACCCUGUGUCGUGACUUUGGCGCGUAUCUGCUGUCCAAACCGGAGCCGUCGCCGGGCCAGUCCCGAGGCAAUAUCAUCAACGUGGCGUCUCUUCUCACGUUCCAGGGCGGAAUCACCAUACCCGCGUACGCGGCUUCCAAGGGCGGGGUGGGCCAAUUGACCAAGGCGCUGAGCAACGAAUGGGCCAGCAAGGGCAUCAAGGUCAACGCGAUCGCGCCGGGAUAUAUCGACACGGAUAUGAACGAGGCGUUGAUCGCGAACGAGACCAGAGCCAGGCAGAUCUUGGAAAGAAUCCCAGCCGGCCGAUGGGGGAAGCCUGAGGACUUCAAGGGCGCCGUCGUGUUUCUGGCCGGCAAUGCCUGUGCCUAUGUGAGUGGGGAGGUGUUGACGAUCGACGGAGGAUGGAUGGGGCGGUAG